AUGGCAGCCCGGUGCCCCCGCUCACGCACGUGCGCCGUGUCGGCCCGGCGUCGCCAGGUGCUGAUCCAGGACCAGUGGUAUGGCGCCAACGCCUGUCUGGAGGGCGACUACCUGAGCCUCACGCUGGACGACGUGCACGACAACUCGGUGAACAACAACGACAGCUCGCCCACCGACGACGUGCCCGACGCCGUGGCCAACCACAAGCGUACGGUCGUCGUCAAUAAGCAGGAGAACAGCGGACUGGGCAUCUCCAUCAAGGGCGGCAAGGAGAACAAGAUGCCCAUACUCAUCUCCAAAAUAUUCAAGGGCGGGUUGCUGACCUCCCCGCCGCCGUCAGGCAUGGCGGCCGACCAGACGGAGCAGCUGUACGUGGGCGACGCCAUCCUGUUCGUGAACGGCGAGACCUGCGCGAGGCGACGCACGACGCCGCCGUUCAGACCCUCAGCGCUCGGCAAGCGGGUGGUGCUGGAAGUCGUCCCGUCGUUCUACGUUUCAGUCAAGUACCUGCGCGAGGUGAAGCGCUACUUCCGCAAGGCGACGCUGACCGGGCAGCUGGGCUGGGACGUGGAGCGCGAGUACCUGGCCGAGGGCGCUGGCUCGCCGGCUGAGCGACCAGCCGAGCGCAGCCCCGACACCAAGCUGGUGCGGCUCCAGCUGUGCCAGCUGGGCCGCAACAUCCGCUGUCAGGAGCCGAACAGUUUCGAGAUUCACUCGCAGGACCUGCUGCACUCGUGCAUCCUGCGCUUCCAGGACGCCGGCCAGGCCACCUGCUGGUUCAACACGCUCCACUCUUCGCUCAGCGCCCUCGCGCGGCAGGCGAUGGAGACGACCAACGAGCGCGUGCGUGACAUCCUGGACGGCAGCGGCGUGCUGCACAUGGGCUGGGUCUGCGUCCGCUUCAACCGAGCAGGACCAGUCGCUCGACAAUCGGCCGUGGGAGCAGCGGUUCGCCGCCGUCACCGAGCGAGAGUGUGCUCAUGUUCGCCAAGGUGCCGUGGACGCUGGAGGCGUGGGCGGCGCCGCAGGCCGCCUACCCGCUCAUCAUGACCCGACUGUCGGUGGAAGGGCCAAGACGCACGCCUCACGAUGCAGUUCGAGGACGGGCUGACGCUGCGGCCGGCGGCCGACCCGGCCGGCGCUGCCGCCGCCCUCUGGCACUACAGCUUCGACAAGCUGGUCGACUCAGCGACGACAACCGCUCCACCGUCCUGCUCAACUUCGGCAAGAAUGAGGUCAUGGAGGUGGAGUUCGGCUCGUCGCCGAAGCCGUUCGUGUUCGCGCUGCACACCUGCCUGUCGGCCAAGGUGGAGCGACUGGGGCUCACGUGAGCGACCGCUCCCGAGCCCCCGACCCACCGCAACAUAUCACUCGGCCGGCCCGGCCUGCCCACUCAUAUCUGUCCGCCAUAUUGUCUUCCUUCGGCGCGCGGCGCUGGCGCCGCUGCUGCGGCCGGCAGCUGACCGUUUAUUGACGUCUGACUUCGGUGUGGUGUGG